GUGGUGUGAGAACAAUGUUCAUUCAGGUACAAGAAACACCAAAUCCUAACAGUAUGAAGUUUGUUCCUGGGGUGCAGGUCUUAGAGCAUGGUACAGUUAACUUUGCCAGUGCACAGUCUGCAUAUCCUUCACCUUUAGCAAGAAAUUUAUUUAGGAUAGAUGGUGUGACUGGAGUCAUGUUAGGACCAGAUUUCAUCACAGUUACAAAGAAAGAUGAUGAUGAUGUUAACUGGCCUGUCUUAAAACCUGAUAUAUUUGCCUCCAUAAUGGACUUCUUUGCAAGCAAUGUUCCCAUUCUUACUGAAAACCAGCCAGCAAGUGAUACAGCUAUUGAUGAAGAUGAUGAUGAAACUGUUGCUAUGAUCAAAGAGUUGUUAGACACAAGAAUAAGACCAACCGUUCAAGAAGAUGGAGGGGACAUCAUUUUCAAGGUUUGUCAACAGAUGUAUAGGUAUGUGGUUCAUAGUGGGGGGUGAGAUUAAUUUUUAAAAGGCCUGUGGUUGGAAACAGUGCCUAGCUCUUUGACAGUCUUACCUAGGGGUCUCUAGUCACGACCCUUUGGCAGGCCAACUGUUAUACGCUGGGGUUGGGAACCCUGUAAUGAAUUUGCUAGCAUGGUAACUUGUAUGUUGUGCUCUCCACAGGGAUUUCAGGAUGGCAUUGUAAAGCUUAAACUACAGGGAGCAUGCUCCAGCUGUCCAAGUUCAAUCGUUACUUUGAAGAAUGGCAUCGAAAAUAUGAUGCAGUUUUAUGUCCCAGAGGUGGUUGCAGUAGAACAGGUUGAGGAUGAAGUGGAUGAAAUAAAUAAAACGGAAUUUAGUAAACUGGAAGCGAGACUUGGAGAAACAAGUCCACCAGUGGAGGGGAACCCGGACACUACAGCGGAAAAAGACUGACAUUUCAGGACAAGGUCAUCUUGUCAAGUCACUCAAGGAGAACAGUUCGCAAUACUCUGUUAGCUCGGUGUUUAUCGGCAUUACUCUCCUCCUGAGAACCGUUACAUAGGGAGUUCUAGCUUUCAUGUGGCUCGUCGCUAUCUUUGAUAAGACUGGAUUCUCCAGAGGUUAAUCUUUUCUAUUUUUUUUCUUUUUAUGGGAAUAGGGGGAGGAAAGACGUUGACGAGUAGAAAUUCAAAGCAGAUGUCAGGUUCAGUUUAAUGUUUUUGCGAGGUUUUCAAGAAAACAGUUUAUUGCACCUUAAGAGGAGUAUCUGCAUUUAUCAAGGGAAUGGCGCCCUAACAUAUUCUUGGAAAAUUGAAUGUUUCAAUUCUUUGCUUUAAGUUAAAAUAAGCGAAGAGAACUGUCGCAGAGUACCUUGACCAAGAGGAGUUAAAAUAA